AACUUCUCAUACGCAUGUCUACAGAAGGUUAAUCUAAUUUCUUCUCUCAUCUCCACCGUUACCAGAAAGGAAGCCCCAUGGAGUGUUUUUGGUUUUUUUUUUUUUUGGGUUUUUGAAUGGGGGUAUUGUGUUAGUGGUGUGAGAUAAAUUUCGAAUCAGAAGAGGGAAGAGCUCAAAGAGCAAAAUUAUUGCCCUAUCAAACGGAGACUAGAUGGAGAAUUGAAAUUCGAGGAUACAAGGGUUUAUGAAUUUGAAAGUAUUUUUAAUAAUAAAAAUAGUUUAUCAUAACCUCUAAAAAGAGAAAUUUGAUAUAAUUUCUCAGUAUUCUACAUUUCACUUUAAAUGGAUUUCGGCAUUUAGGUUUAUUCACCGAAUGGGAUCUCAACUUGUUUAACUGGAUAUCCUUUCUUUCAUGCUUUCAACUUCAUCUGCGUGAAUUCUGCGCAUUGCAAAUAUCAAAUUGCUGAAUUUGUUGAUUUGAACAAUUAUGGAUCGUCUCAAUGGUUCUGCACGUCUCAUGAUAGUUUCAGAUCUUGACUCAACAAUGGCGGAUCAUGAUGAUCAGGAGAACAUUUCGCUUCUUAGGUUUAACGCAUUGUGGGAAUCUUGUUACCGUCAUGAUUCUCUGUUAGUUUUCUCAACUGGAAGGUCGCCUACAAUCUAUCAACAGUUGAGGAAAGAGAAGCCCUUGUUGACUCCUGAUAUAAUUGUAAUGUCUGUGGGAACUGAGAUUGCAUAUGGCGAAUCGAUGGUAUGGGAUGGUGAGUGGGAGCAGCAAAUGAAUCACAAGUGGGACAGGGGCAUAGUCUUGGAGGAAACAUCCAAAUUUCAUGAACUUGUUCCUCAGUCAGAAACAGAGCAACGGCCUCACAAAGUCAGCUUCUUUAUAGAAAAUUCUAAGGCUUCUGCAGUAAUGAAAGCUCUGUCAGAACGCCUGGAAAAGCGUGGGUUAGAUGUGAAAAUUAUUUUUAGCAGUGGGACAGCUUUGGAUGUAUUACCAAAAGGUGCUGGCAAGGGACAGGCUCUUGCAUAUUUGCUGAAGAAAUUUAGAAUUGACGAGAAAAUGCCCGUUAAUACUCUUGUCUGUGGUGACUCUGGAAAUGAUGCAGAACUCUUCAGCAUUCCUGAAGUAUAUGGUGUGAUGGUCAGCAAUGCACAAGAAGAAUUGUUGCAGUGGUAUGAAGAAAAUGCAAAGGACAAUCCCAACAUAAUUCAUGCAACUGAGAGAUGUGCUGCUGGAAUUAUACAAGCCAUUGGAAAUUUUAGUCUCGGCCCUAAUGUAUCUCCAAGAGAUAUAAGAGAUUUCGAGAAAUGCAAAGUGGACAUUUUUAGUCCUGGUCAUCAAGUUGUGAAGUUUUAUUUGUUUUAUGAGAGAUGGCGACGUGCAGAAGUAGAGAAAUCUGACCACUAUAUGCAGAAAUUAAGACUGGCCUUUGAUUCAACUGGCAUUUUUGUCCAUCCCUCUGGAAUUGAGCGAUCAUUGCAUCUAUCCAUAGAUGUGAUGGCAGGAUUGUAUGGAGAUAAGCAAGGAAAGCAAUAUCGAAUAUGGGUGGAUCGAGUUUCUUCAGCACAGAUUGGUUCAGAUGUAUGGCUUAUUAAGUUUGACAAGUGGGAGUUAACUGGAGAGGAGCGACAAUGCUGUUUAACGACAGUCUUACUGAAUUCAAAGGCCAUGGUACUGGAUGGAUUUACAUGGAUGCAUAUGCAUCAGACUUGGCUGGAGGGUUCAGGACCAGAAGACCAAACUACCUGGGUUCUUUAGUUUUCCAACUAUAGCGCCACUGUAUUUGUGAAUGAAAGCACCUGGUAGCACAAGGUUAUCCCCUCCAGUAAUUUUAUCAGAAAACAAAUAAUAUAAACAUCAAGUGUAAACAUAUGAUGUGGAAAGUUAUUAUCAGGUGCAAAAUGAUAGGAAAUAAUUCUCAGA